CAGUUUGUGUGAGGUCCUUCUCGUGUGAGGCUUCACCUGCAGUCCUGUGUGCAGAUGUGGAGCGUCCAGCACAAGGAUCUGAACCUGCUGGAGUGGCAGCACAGCCCUCAGGGACCCCAGAGGCAGCAGCAAUAACGCGAGUGCAGGAGCCGCCGCGGCGCCGUCGCUCCGCGUUGCCAGGCAGAGCUCCCAAACGAGGCUUUGUUUACGGAAGCAGAAAGGGCUCGGAACUGAGAGCAGGGCGGGGAUCGGAGAUAUCGCGACAGUGCCGAGAGAGGCGCUGGGAUUUCGGCCUUGCAGCUUCCGGACUCCAUUUCUGGGCGGCCCCAGGCUCCUGCCCGCCCCGUCCGGCCGCAAGCAGACGGGACCCGGGGCGGGCAGCGGAUUGACACCCCGAGCACACGGCCCUAGGAGCUGGACCAGAGCCGCCCCGAUACAGAAAUGCAGCAGGAAGAGGAGGAAGAGAAUAAAGAGGAAAAGAAAAAGAAUGAGGAAGAGCAGCAGGUUGAAGGUGAAGGUAAAGCUGCCGCGGACCUCUCUGUGCCAGCCCAGUGCCCAGAGUGCGGGCAGAGCCUCCCGCCCGGCCGGCAACUGGGGAAGGAGCAGUGCCCCCAGCCUGGCAACCAGCAUUUCAUCUGCACCCACUGCGGCCAGAGCCGUGCCGGCCUCCCCCGGCGGAAGCGGGGAGGUACCCAGCCGGGCCCCAAGCUGCGGUUAAUCUGCAGUGAAUGUGGCAAGACCUUUGCCAGUAGGUCUGGUCUCAGCCGGCACCACCAACUCCAUGCUGGCAAGAAGCAGUUCCCUUGCCGCGACUGCGGCAAGAGCUUCACCAACAGCUCUGCUCUCCUUGAGCAUUGGCACGUCCACAGCGGCGAGAAGCCGUACAGCUGCGGUGAGUGUGGCAUGAGCUUUGCCCACAGCUCUGCUCUCAGGUAUCACCGUCACAGCCACAGCGGGGAGAAGCCGUAUGGGUGCGCUGUCUGCGGCAAGAGGUUCACCACCAGUUCACAUCUGAACCGUCAUCACCUGAUCCAUACCGGGGAGAAGCCAUACAGCUGCGGUGCCUGUGGCAAGAGCUUUGUCAGGAGUUCCCAUCUUAAGCGCCACCACCUCGUCCACACCGGCGACAAGCCACACAGAUGUGGUGAAUGUGGCAAGAGCUUUGCCACCAAUUUCCACCUUAACAGUCACCGCCUCAUCCACACCGGGGAGAAGCCAUACAGCUGCGGUGACUGUGGCAAAAGCUUUUCCCACAGCUCCACUCUCAGACGCCACCGUCGCAUCCACACCGGGGAGAAGCCAUACAGCUGUGGCGUGUGUGGUAAGAGCUUUGCCAGGAGCUCUGACGUCAACCGGCACCGGCAAACACAUGCUGAGAAGAAGCAGUUCCCCUGUGAAGUCUGCAACAAGAGCUUCACCACCAGCUCUGCUCUAAUCCAGCAUUGGAAUGUCCACACAGGGGAGAAGCCUUACAGCUGUGGUGUCUGCGGCAAGAGCUUUGCUAACAGCUCUGUUCUCAGGCGGCACUGUCAAAUGCAUGCCGAGAAGCAGUUCUCCUGUGGUGACUGUGGCAAGAGCUUCACCACCAGCUCUGCUCUAAUCCAGCACUGGAAUGUCCACACUGGGGAGAAGCUGUACAGCUGUGGUGACUGUGGCAAGAGCUUUGUCAGAAGUUCCCAUCUUAACCGUCACCGCCUUGUCCACACUGGGGAGAAGCCGUACAGAUGCGGUGACUGUGGCAAGAGCUUUACCAGCAGCUCUUCUCUCAGCCAUCACCAUCGUCUCCACACUGGGGAGAAGCCCUUCCGUUGUGGUGUCUGUGGCAAGAGCUUUGCUCACAGGUCUACCCUCAGCUGUCACAGAGCCAUCCACACUGGGGAGAAGCCAUACAGCUGCAGUGACUGUGGUAAGAGCUUCCAGCACAAGUUCAAGCUGGCUCGGCACCAGCGUAGCCAUAGCAACCAGAAGAUGAAGAGCAGCAGGAAAGCUUCCAAGGGUCCCCACUCUCAGUGCCACCAGAAAGAGGAGGUACGGGAGGAAGAGGCGGAGGAAGGGAAAGAGCAGCAGGGUGAAGGUGAAGGUAAAGCUGCUGCAGACACCUCUGUGCCAGGCGAGCAGUGCCCUGACUGCAGGCAGAGCCUCCCGCCUGGCUGGCAGCCAGGGAAGCAGAGUUGCCCCCAGCCUGGCACUCAGCACUUCAUCUGCACCCACUGCGGCCAGAGGCGCCCUGGCCUCAGGCGGCAACAGGGAGGCACCCGACCACGCCCCAAGCUGCGGUUGUUCUGCAGUGAGUGUGGCAAAAGCUUUUGCAGCAAAUCUGGUCUCACCUGGCACCAUCGCCUCCACACAGGGGAGAAGCCGUACAGCUGUGGUGUCUGUGGUAAGAGCUUUACCGUCCGCUCUGUUCUCAUCAGGCACCGGCAAACACAUGUUGAAAAGAAGCAGUUCCCCUGCCGUGAGUGUGGUAAGAGCUUCUCCAACAGCACUGCUCUGAUCCAGCACUGGCACGUCCACACUGGGGAGAAGCCAUAUAUCUGCAGUGUCUGUGGCAAGAGCUUUGGCAGAAGUUCUCACCUUAACCGUCACCAUCACCUCCACACUGGGCAGAAGCCAUACAGCUGCGGUGACUGUGGCAAGAGCUUCACCACCAGUUACCACCUAAACAGGCACCGUCGCAUGCACACCGGCGAGAAGCCUUAUGGCUGCAGUGUCUGUGGCAAGAGCUUUACCCACUGGUCUACACUCAGCCAUCACCAAGCCAACCACAGCAGGGAGCUAUACAGCUGUGCCUGUGGCAGGAGGUUUGACAGCACUUUCAACCUUAACAGUCACCACUUCAUACACACUGGGGAGCAGCCAUACAGUUGCAAUGACUGCAGCAAGAGCUUUGCCAACAGCAUGGCUCUUAUCCAGCCCUGGCAUGUCCACACUGGGGAGAAUCCCUAUGGCUGCAGUCACUGUGGCAAGAGCUUUGCCCACAACGCCAGUCUCAGCUGUCACUGUCCCAUCAACACUGGGGAGAAGCUGUAAAGCUGCAGUGACUGUGGUAAGAGCUUAGCCCACAGCUCUAGUCUCAGCUGUCGCUGUCACAGUCACACCAGGGUGGAACCCUGCAGCUGUGUUGACUGCAGCAAGAGCUUUACCAGCAGUUCUCUCUUUAUCAAGCACUGCCUCAUCCAAACUGGGGCAAGAGCUUGACCAGCAGGUCUGCUUUCAUCCAGUACUGCCAAAACCACGCUGGGAAGAAGUUCCCUUGCGGUGACUGCAGCAAGAGCUACGCUUUUAUCCAGCACUGGAAUGCAUGCCCCGGGGCGAAGCCAUAUGGCUGUGGUGUAUGUUGCAAGAGCUUUACUGGCAGCUCUGCUCUUGGCCGUCGCCAGGUGAUGCACACCGGGGAGAAGCCAUACAGCUGAGAUACCUGCAACAAGAGCUUUGCCCACACCUCUGCUGUCAGGUCUCACCACUGCCUUCACAUCAGGGAGAAGUGGUACAGCUGUGGUGGCUGUGGCAAGAGCUUUACCAGCAGCUAUCAGCACCUCUCCCGCACCUUGGAGAAACCAUAGAGCUGCGGUGAUUGUGGUAAGAGCUUGACCAGCAGCUCUGCUCUCAGCUAUCACUGCUACCUUCACACCAGGGAGAAGCCAUACAGCUGUAGUGACUGUGGCAAGAGCUUUACCAGCAGCUCUGCUCUCAGCAUCUUCCCUACACCAUGGGGAAACUGUAGAGCUGUGGUGACUGUGGCAAGAGCUUCCAGAAGAAAACUGACCUGACCAAGCACCUGGGCAGCUGCAGCCACCUGAAGAAGAGUGACAGCAAAGCUUCCAAAGGUCACUGUUCCCAGUGCCAUGAGGAAGUACCCAGCAGCUAUGGGCGCCUCCUGCCCACCUGACAACCCUGAUACCAGGAUGCCUGCUGGUAGAGCUACCCCAAGAGUGACUCUUCCCACCCACAUUUUCCUGCCCUGAGUUGUGGAGUGGUUGCACCAAUACCACCAGUAACAGCAGUUGCUGCUGUGUUAUCCCCAGGGCAAACCCUGAAAUGUGCCUCAUUUGGGGGAGGGAAUCAGAGGGCAGAGCAGAGCAGUGUGAUGACCAGGGUGGAACCUCUAAGCCAUACUGGGUCCCAGGGUGGUCUCUAUAAGCCCUGCUAGUUGAUGUCACCACCAUCACCAAUCCUCUGCAACACCAACACCAGCUUGGUACACUCAGAAAUGAAGCAACUGUUCCAUGUGGCUGCAAGUCAGGGAUUCCAUGGAAAAUGUGCCUGGAGCAAGGAACAAUCCCAAUAAAAGAUUUUCCAAGCCUCUUGCAA